AUGCUGUUGCCAGGGAACAGCAGUGAAGUAGAAACGUCCAUCUUUUCCUGCUCGCAGAGGAUAGAAACAUGUUUAAUCAUGGAUGCAAAAUGGACUGAACGUGAGGAGAAGGAAAUCAGCUGAUCCUGACUCCCAGCAGCCUCAGAGAAUCAAAGAGAAGGUAGGCAGGAGGACACGAUUUCUCUCUUAGCCUCCAUUAGAAGCAUUAGUGAACAGCAACAGUCAUCCAUCAACCCAGAUCCUGAGCACACGAGUGUCCCACCUGCAGAUGUAAACAGGGAUGACCCACACUCUGCUCAGGGAGUUUUAAGGAGGAGGAGGAAGAACAUAAAAGAGGAGCAUCUGACAGCAAAACAGGGAAGCUUUCAAAACGGCGAAGAGGAAGCCUUCCUGAUCACAGUAUAGAGCUGAAGCCCGUCCUCCCUGACAGAGGAUGGGUACAGCAGAAGCAACUCUACGCAUGGACAGCAUGGAGGUUAAGGACGAGUGGCAGGAUGAAGACUUCCCAAGGCCACUACCGGAGGAUGGAGUUGGCCUCACAGACAACAGAACCAAUCCUCCCACCACUCUGAAUGUGGGCGAGUCCAUGGCCCAGCGUAAACGCCGCACUCUGGUCGCCCCGGACAUGAACCUCUCCCUGGAUCAGAGCGAGGGGUCGAUGCUGUCUGAUGAGUUUCUGGAAACGCCCGAUGACCUGGACAUCAACGUAGACGACAUCGAGACUCCCGAUGAGACGGAUUCGCUGGAGUUCAUCAACAAUGGCAACGAGCUGGAGUGGGAAGAUGACACCCCUGUGGCCACUGCCAAGCGCCUUCCUGGUGAAAGUGAAGAGGAGAGAGACUCAUCUGGUCGUCUGUGGCGAACAGUGAUCAUCGGUGACCAGGAGCAGCGGAUUGACAUGCAGGUCAUCAGACCAUACCUGAGGGUGGUCACACAUGGAGGUUAUUAUGGAGAGGGGCUGAAUGCCAUCAUCGUGUUUGCAGCCUGCCACCUUCCAGACAGCAGCUGUGAGGACUACACAUACAUCAUGGAGAAUCUCUUCCUGUACGUUGUGAGCAGUCUGGAGCUGCUGGUGGCAGAAGAUUACAUGAUUGUUUACCUGAACGGAGCAACUCCCCGCAGGAAGAUGCCCGGCAUCAGCUGGCUGAAGAGAUGCUACCAGAUGAUUGACAGGAAACUGAGGAAGAAUCUAAAGUGUCUCCUCAUCGCUCACCCAACGUGGUUCAUCAGGACCGUCCUGGCCAUCUCUAGACCUUUUAUCAGUGUGAAGUUCAUGGAUAAGAUCCGUUAUGUUCACACCCUGGAUGAGCUGAGCCAGAUCAUCCCCAUGGAGCAUGUGCAGAUCCCUGAGUGUGUGUUGCAGUAUGAUGACGAGAAGAUACGAGCACAAAGGGAAAGACUUGAGCAAGAGCAGCAGCAGACCAACUCAACACUGCCUAAAGAAAGGCCAAAGUCAAUGAUAGCAGAGGUUGGUCGUGACAUCUGACAUUAAGAGCUUUAAAAUGAAGAACCAAUGAUGGACAUUCAUUCAUCAACAUGGGAGCCAGCCUAGACUACGGUCACACGCUUGUUACACAGGAAUACAAUCUCCCGACCGGAGCUGCAAGACAAUCAUUAUUUUUCCAAAACAUAUUAUUCAGUGACAUGCUUGCUUCGAACUUAAAGUUAAUUUACACCAAAGCAUUGCAACAUUUAGCUAAAUCAAAAGCUCCCUGCAUGUCGAGUUGACCUUAUCUACAGCAUGAAUUCAACUCAGACUUGGAUGAACCCUCAAGCUUUUUCUCGACAAUGCCGGGAUUAUUGUCGGUUUUAAUGU